AUGACACAGUCCUCCUGGCCUCUGAAGCACUCGGCUGCCAAAUCCCGUGCUAAAACAUCAUCACAGGCGUCCCUGCAGGUGUUUCCGGAGAGCGACUGGGAAUUGAAGCCACUUGUCACCAUCCCCGAUAUCUUCGCUGCCGUCCAAGCUGGGCAUGUCACAUACGGCGUUGUACCUUUUGAGAAUUCGACCAAUGGCUCGGUUGUCUUCACUCUUGACUGCUUCGCUGACCGACACGCACUUUCUCCCGACAUUGCUGUCUGCGGCGAGAACUACCUCGACGUCCACCACUUUCUCGUAGGGCACCUACCACCCAAUGCCAAUACUGCAGGUGCCUCUAAACCCGUGACUGCAACUCCUGAAUCGACACCAGCCGCUCCGACUUCUGUAUCUGCAUUGUCCAGCUCGUCUGCCCCCGGCUCCGGAGCAUGCACCCCCACGGCUUCAGAGCCGCACCCGCCCAAGCCCCGUGCCAAGCCCCUGACAGAUCUCACCCACAUCCGCCGUCUCUAUUCCCAUCCCCAAGCAUGGGGGCAGUGUUCAGCAUUCCUUCAGACGUACCUCAAGGGCAUCGAAGCGAUCGAUGUGUCAUCGACCAGCCGCGCCGCAGCUCUCGUUGCCGAAGACGAGACCGGCACCAGUGCCGCCAUUUCCAGCGAGAUCGCUGCCCAGCUCCACGGCAUUGAUAUCCUCGCUGCGAGCAUCGAAGACCGCUCUGACAAUACAACUCGAUUUUUCGUCAUCCGGAAAGAAACUGUCGAGUUGUCCAAGACACCUUUACCACCCAAACUUUGCCAGUCCGAUGUUGGCACGACAAAGUCCAUGGUCUCCUUCAUGGUUCCCCACACCGCCCCUGGUGCUCUGGCUGACGUGCUCUCCGCCUUCCGCGCAGCCGGUCUGAACUUGACGAGCAUUAACAGCCGGCCGAGCCUCGAGGAACCCUUCCAGUACGUCUUUUUUGUUGAGUUCGAAGGCCACCGUGUGCGAGACCCGGACGGGCGGGUCCGCGACGCUCUCGAGGGUGUUGCCCGCGUUGCGGAAACAUGGCGGUGGCUUGGGAGCUGGGAAGACCAGCGCUCCCGGCCUUAG